GAUUCAUUGUAUUUUUUUUUUACAGUCAGGACGGAUUAAACGACAGAACGCUAAAAAAAGGUUUCACGGCAAUCCAAAACCCCAUGAUUUCGAGUGAGCUGGCUCGUUUUUCGUCGCGUUCGAACAUUCCGGUCGUGUGAAAUAGCUUCCCAGUGGAUGUACACAAACCAAUUCUGUCCUUAGUUCGUUUUAGUGCAGCCAGCAAAGGUGCUAUUGGCACCGAAUCCCAUCCUCUCGCGAAUAUACCGAUUCGUCUAGUGGCGAAAAGUAUGCUUUUUUGAUAGUGUGUUGUGGAACGAUAAAACGAUUAAAGAAAAAUCCUCUCUACACCGGAAGUGUUGUCGGCCUCGUCGACCCGGCUAUCGGCAAAUAUGAAGAAACUUGCCACAUAACAGUGAACGGUUUUUUUUGUUGUUGUUUGUUUGCGGCAUCCAUCCAUCCCAUCCGGACGCGCGCGCUCACCGGACACAUCAUCUUCCACUCGUUCGGCUGUGUGCAUCCGCUUGUCACGUCCCUUGCUGACUCGGCAGUCCCGAUAUCGACAUGGGUGUGUGCCUGUGCAAGGACAAGGUCGAGGAAGGCUUCAUCGAUGAUAGCAGCCGGGAUUCGUACGCUGCCAACGGUAGCGAUACGGGCCGACUAGCGGGAAGUGGCGGUGUUGGUGGUAGCGGUGGUUCCGGAAGUGGCGUUGUCAGUGGGUCUGGCGGUCAGAACGGACACCACCACAUCCGUCAUUACUCCCGGUCCGAUCGGCAGGUUUCUCUCUCCGACACAGUGGAUAUGUUGGUCAACGAAACGCUCGAAAUCAUCGGUUCGAUUGUGGACAAUGAACCGGAAACACCUAGCUCGAUGGUGAUGCUGCACGACAUAACGGACAAACCGUCCGGUUGGAUACAGCUGGUAAAAUCGUUAAUACGCGUCAUCCCGCUCGACAACCCGAUGGGCCCAAGCGUCAUCACGCUACUGCUCGACGACAGUCCGCUUCCGUCGAAGGAAUCCGUGCUUGAGGUGGCCGAUAUGAUAACGCGUUCGAUUCGACGCACGCCAAAGCGCGAACGUAACAUGUGCAUCAUUCUGGGCUUCCUUGCGGAACGACUUGCUGGCCCGUGUAGCAUAUCGGCCUUGUCGGAGGUAACACUGGGCUAUCUGCUUGGUAAUCUGGACGAAGGAAUCCAUCCCGAUGUGAUGCUGUUUUCGCUGAUUGCUCUAGAAAAAUUUGCACAAACUAGUGAAAACAAGGGCACUAUAAGGCGAAAAUUGGCGCUCUAUCCGGACAAUCCCCUGUUGCGACUCGAGAGACAUAUCGCGAGUACGGAUUACACGCUGCGCCAGGUCGGAUUUUGUGCUCAGUGGUGCUUAGACAACUAUUUCCUUAUUGAGGGUCGACAAUACUCGUACGAGGUGGCGGACGUUAGUAACGUAAAUGUGAUGCUCAACACGCGAGAUGUCAGCGAGUACCUGAAAAUCUCAGCCGAUGGACUAACGGCCCGGUGCGAUGCGUACUCAUUCGAAAGUGUCCGAUGUACCUAUCAGGUAAAUGCCGGCUGCUGGUACUAUGAGGUACUGAUCAUGACACCGGGCGUUAUGCAGAUUGGUUGGGCGACCAAGGAUUCUAACUUCCUAAGCCACGAAGGUUACGGUAUCGGGGACGAUCCGUACUCGAUCGCGUUCGAUGGCUGCCGGAAGUUAAUCUGGCACAAGGCGAAACCGAUGCAACACAAUCUAAACGCUUGGUCCGGUGGAUCCAUCCUGGGCUGCCUGCUAGAUCUCGAUGCACGGGAAGUGAUUUUCACCUUGGACGGUGUCGAAGGUGAGGUGCUGAGGCAACUGUUUGAAUCGGGCGGUGCAAUCGAUGGGUUUUUUGCUGCGGCUUCGUUCAUGUCAUUCCAGCAAUGUCGCUUCAACUUCGGUUCUACGCCUUUUGUUUAUCCGCCCAAGAAUCGAACGUUUAUGAGCUUUAAUAGUCAUGCCGUGUUGAGUGAGCAGGACAAGAUUGUUCUACCGCGCCAUCUCUUCCUGGAGCAACUACGCAAGCUGAGUGUGCGUGAGGAUUCCUGUACGCUUUGCUUCGAUAUGAAGGCAACGAUACGAAUCGAACCCUGUCAGCACAGAGGUUUCUGUACGAACUGUGCCGCCUUGCUGCAGUUCUGCCCGAUGUGUCGGGCAGAAAUCGUUAGCACCGUACAGGAGGAAUCGGCACCGGAAAGCACCAGUACGGGACAGUCGGAAACUAAUGAAGCAGGUGAUAUAACAAACAGCGGCAAACCAAACAACUCCGACGAAUAGAUUCAAAAGGCACUCUCAAGCGUGCUUUACGGGCGGGUUGUUUGAAAUGGGGUAGCAAUUUUGUUAAAGUUAAAUAUUCUAAUGCUUUGCUUAGCCCUUCGGUAAUGUGUUUUAUGCAGUGCAGAAAAUGUGAUACCAUCCUAAUGAGAAUCGGAAAUAAGCUACAGUUCAGCACGAGCACGAAACAAAGUGAAGGAAACGUGUGAUAGGUAAGAGGGGUGAAGAUAGCGAUUGAAUAGCUUCAGGCCUAUAACAAGAAGAAGAAAAAACAGGCUCUAGCUGUAAUAAGCCAUUAUUGUGUUGUAGAAUGUUUGUAGAAGAGCCUCUCGAUAUGGGCGUUGAGUGUGGACCAUGUACUUACGUACUGCGUAGUGAAUUAAAAUCGUUUCCUCUUUUUACGUUUGCAUUACUUUUCACUAUUGCCAUCACCACCACCAACUUGCGGUUGGGAUAAAGUUCACCUUCGGCCGAUGUAUCUCGAGUUUCCGUAUCGUCUUCCGCGAUGAGCCGCGUUGAGUUUCAGAAACUCUUUGCAAUUUUCGAGUACGCUAGUUUGGACUGUAUAUGCGUCAGUUUUACCGUUGUUGUAGGUUCUAAGUAUUAGGUUUUCCACUAGUUACGGUUAGCGUUUCGGUUUUAACCACAUAUUGAACGUAUAGCUAGGUAUGUUCACUUAUCGAAGACAAUACAGUAGAGAAAAGAGCUAUAUAACCAUUUGGAACAAUCAACACAUUGCGGUUAUGCUGCUAAUAGCCUAGAGCGAAGCUGUAAGAGGAGAUACGAACUCGUUAGUGUACCGCUAGGAGUUAAGGAAAAUCGUGAAACCAACGGUCUAUUUCUAUUCAAAGAAUACUAGGCUCUAUUAACAUCGAUCGAACAUUGUUCUUCGUAUGGUCCGUUUUUGAGACCAUAGUUUCUUUUUCUAGUUUGUGGUUUGAUUUUGACUUUCGUUUUCCAUCAGUACAGUAAAGUUCUGCAGCAUCGCCACAAUGCGAUCGGGCGAAAUGUAUUCGUCCAACUCAUAAGUUAGCCAUAUUGUUCCGAAUGAAAACUGUCCCGCUAAUAACUAUCGGACAAACACACACAUUUUGUAACACAGCCAGGCACAAUAGCGUCCGUUUAUUCCAUUACAACAGCACAGGAAAGUUAGAUUAAUUGUAGGAAAUGAUAUCAAAGAGAUGACCCGCAAUAGGGCAAUGAAUGUAGGGAUGAAAUAUGUGUAUCAACGUUGGUCCUGUGUACCAUGAAGCGCGCGAUAAGAAUUUGUAGGGACAAAGUGUAUAAAUAGAGUAACAAAUAUGACUGAUAUAUUUUUGUACGCGCGCUAAUGAAUGAAGAUGCUGUACAUAGUGAAUACAAGGAGUAUGUAUGGAAGCUUUCUACUAAACAGAACAGUUUCAUCUACCUACAGCGCACGGACUAAACCAAGAGGGAUUACAAUGGAUUGAAAAAUUUCUUGUUAUUUAAAGUA